AUGAUCACUUUCUCAUUCGACUGUCAAAAAAAUAAUCCCCUACCCAAAGUACCUGACCAAAGUGCAUACUACAGUCGCCAAAUAUAUCUCUACAAUUUUACGAUUGUUCAGGGUUCUUCUAAAGAUCACCUGAAUAAAGACACAACUUAUGCAUAUUUGUGGACAGAGAACGAAUUUCCAAAAACAUCUAACCAGAUAGCCUCUGCAGUGUACGACCGUUUAAAUAAAACUAAUUUUGAAGGGAUUAACACUGUUCGUCUUGUAGCUGAUGUAUGUGGCGGGCAGAACAAGAAUAGCAUGUUGCUAUGUAUGCUGUCAAGAUGGCUUCUCGACAACACGUCUCUGAAAAAAAUUGAAGUCGUUUUCCCCAUUACUGGGCAUUCUUUCAUGCCACCAGACCGAGUUUUCGGAAACAUUGAAAAAGUCCUUAAAAACAAGAAGUAA